CAGUUCGUUACGGUAAGAGCGUGAGGCUUGUGUUGGUUUUGCAACUGUCACACAGCUGUAGCACGCGCGUGCACUGCGUUCAAGGCGGCGAACAACAGAUAGUCUGCGAGAAAAGAUCACUGAUGCAUGGUGGAAUGUGUAUCUGAGUAUUUACCGGAAGACGCUGGACCAUAUGUUCAGAGAGUGGGAUUCUGAAUUCUGCGUCCAUCUCAACUGACUAGAAUCCUUCUGCCAGCUCAAUCAAGUGCCUGCUUUCCUCUGCUGCCAUGGCCUCCACACCGCCACCUCUUAUGAAGAAGCACAGUCAGACUGAUCUUGUGAGUCGCCUCAAGUCCCGUAAGGUUCUGGGUGUCGGCGGGGAGGAUGAUGACGGAGAAGUGCACAGGUCAAAGAUCAGUCAGAUGUUGGGUAAUGAGAUGAAGUUUGCUGUACGUGAGCCCACUGGUCUCCGGAUUUGGCUCCUCAUCUCUGCAGUGCUGUUCACAUCGACAUCCUUAAUGGCCCUGGCUUUCCCCAACCAGCUCUACGAGUUAAUAUUUGAGCUCACCACCACCAGGAUCUCCAUCAGACUCUACGGCGGAGCCCUUCUAUGUAUCUCAUUAAUCCUGUGGAAUGGCUUGUACACAGCGGAAAAGGUCAUCAUUCAAUGGACGCUACUUACGGAAGCAUGUUACUUCGGGGUACAAUUUCUAGUGACGUCCAUCACCCUCUUGGAGAUGGGCACACUGUGCAACGGUGCAAUCGUUCUUCUUGUUAGUGAAGCCUUCUUCCUCUUCAUCACCUUGAGUUACUAUCAUCACCUUGGUCGGCGCUCGAAAAAGAUGUGAGGGAGGCCAGCUACCAUGUGUUCACCAAUCUGACACAAUCUUGUGUUAGAUGGGUGGCUUUGCACCAGAGAAUGCUUUGAAUACAGUAGCACCACUGCCUGGACCAAAUGAAUUUACACUUGACUGAAAAUCAACCUCUGUUUUAUGUAUGUAUAGUAUCUCGGCACUCUCAUUAGAUCCACAGGGCAUCAGAUCAUGACUUUUGUUACAUUAAAUUCACUACAGUGGCUUUAAUUAUUGGACAGCUUACCUGUUUGUAAAAGAUUUUCUGAGAGUAUAUAUUGUAUGGAUGGUAGAUUUAUGGCACAUUUAUACAUGUCAGGGAAUCUUGUCUCCCAAAUGUUAAAAUGCAGUUUUAUAAUGGCGUACAACAACACCACAGUACAAGCGCCAAUAAAGUAAGACAGGGCUGUUCUAAGUCGGUCCUGGAGGGCCACUAUCCUGCAGAGUUUAGCCCCAGCUUGCCUCAACACUCCUGCCUGGAAGUUUCUAGUAUGCUUACACUAUAAAACCCGAUAAAUUACGAUAACUCAAAUCAUUUGAGGAAACUGAUUGCCUUAUUAAAACCAAUAAGUAUGAGUACUGUAAACUCAUAUACAUUAAGUUAAAUACACUUAUAUUUUAGUGUUGGAUUAGUAAAUCAUACUCAAUUCAGUUUCAAUUCAGGUAACAAAUCUAACUAAGUCUUAAGAACUAUCUAGAUACUUAAAUUGUUUGAGGAAACCGAUUGCCUCAAAUGGUUUAAGUUUAUCAAACUCAAAGUAAUAAAGUUACAUAAGACUAAGCAAAAACUAACAUCGGUACAAAGCAAUGAUGACAGGAGCACUGUAAACCUCAAUAAGUUCAGAAUACUCAAAACAUUUAAGUAAACAAACAAUUUUUUUUAAGUUAGUAGAACUUAACAUUUUGUGUCAAGUGGGACGGGGCCGAGAGCUGUGGAAGCGGAGCAAGAUUCUCUCAUUAACAAUCAUGUCACCGGCAUCCCUUCACUCCCACAGUUCUCAGCCUCGCCCCACUCAUCAUAAUAUAUAUAAUACAUAUAUAUAAUCAAACAACAUACAGUACAUGUGGUCUUAAAGGGAUAGUUCACCCAAAAGUGAAAAUUUGAUGUUUAUCUGCUUACCCCCAGCGCAUCCAAGAUG